CCCUCCGCCGCCGUCGCGCGCGCCCCGGGCCCCGGCCCCCGGCCCAGAGAAGCGCCGCCUGCUUCGUCCUCCUCGUUCUCCUCCUCCUCCGCGCCGGGCCCGGGACAUGCGGCCUCGCCUCCCCCCGCCGCCGCCGCCGCCGCCGCCGCCGCCGCCGAGGAGCCCGAGCCGGGGGAGAUGAGGCUCCGCCAUGGCACCUUCCUGACGCUGCUGCUCGGCUGCCUGUGCGCCUUCCUCUCGCUCUCCUGGUACGCGGCGCUCAGCGGCCAGAAAGGUGACUCUGCAGAGGUGUAUCAGCGGGAGUUCUUGGCCCUCCGUGACCGCCUACACGCUGCAGAACAAGAGAGCCUGAAGCGCUCCAAGGAGCUGAACCUGGUGCUGGAUGAGAUCAAGAGGGCCGUGUCAGAGAAACAGGCCUUGCGAGACGCGGACGGCAACCGGACCUGGGGUCACCUGUCUGAGGACACCAGGCUGAAGCUGUGGAAUGUCACCCACAAGCAUGUGAUGCACCUGCCCACCGUCUUCCACCAUCUGCCUCACCUGCUGUCCAAGGAGAGCGGCCUCCAGCCAGCCCUGCACGUGGGCCAGGGCCGCACCGGAGUGUCCAUUGUGAUGGGCAUCCCGAGUGUUCGGCGGGAAGUGCACUCGUACCUGACGGACACACUGCACUCGCUCAUCUCGGAGCUUAGUGCCCAGGAGAAGGAGGACACAGUCAUUGUGGUGCUGAUUGCUGAGCUUGCAGGCCCUGGACUUCUCCCUUCCUUAUCCUUCCUCUUGCUCGUGAUUCUAAAAGGCCUGCGCCAACUCCCCAGGUGGACUGGUGACGUGGUACAGUGGCAGACAGAUACCCAGUACACGAUGGGGGUGGCCGAGAACAUCAAAGCCUUGUUCCCCACUGAAAUCCAUUCUGGCCUCCUAGAAGUCAUCUCUCCUUCUCCACACUUUUAUCCUGACUUUUCCCGACUCCGAGAGUCCUUUGGAGACCCCAAGGAAAGAGUCAGGUGGAGAACCAAGCAGAACCUGGACUACUGUUUCUUGAUGAUGUACGCACAGGCCAAGGGCAUGUACUAUGUCCAGUUGGAAGAUGAUAUUGUGGCCAAACCCAACUACCUAAGCACCAUGAAGAAUUUUGCUCUACAGCAACCCUCGGAGGAGUGGAUGAUUCUGGAAUUCUCCCAGCUUGGUUUCAUUGGGAAGAUGUUCAAGUCUCUGGACCUGAGCCUGAUUGUGGAGUUCAUCCUUAUGUUCUACCGGGACAAGCCGAUUGACUGGCUUCUGGACCACAUCCUGUGGGUGAAGGUCUGCAACCCUGAGAAGGAUGCGAAGCACUGUGAUCGACAGAAGGCCAAUCUUCGGAUCCGCUUCAAACCCUCGCUUUUCCAGCAUGUGGGCACCCACUCCUCCCUGGCUGGGAAGAUCCAGAAACUCAAGGACAAGGAUUUUGGCAAACAUGCCCUGAGAAAGGAACACAUGAACCCCCCUGCUGAGGUCAGCACUAGCCUCAAGACGUACCAGCAUUUCACCUUGGAGAAGGCCUAUCUGCGAGAAGACUUCUUCUGGGCCUUCACGCCCAUAGCUGGAGACUUCAUCCGCUUCAGAUUCUUCCAGCCACUGCGCCUCGAGCGGUUUUUCUUCCGAAGUGGAAACAUUGAGCACCCACAGGACAAGCUGUUCAACACCACGGUGGAGGUGCUGCCCUUCGACAACCCACAGUCGGACAAGGAGGCCCUGCAGGAGGGCCGAGGGGCCGCACUCAGGUAUCCCAGGACCCCAGAUGGCUACCUCCAGAUUGGUUCCUUCUCCAAGGGUGUGGCUGAGGGUGAAGUAGACCCAGCCUUUGGGCCCCUGGAAGCUGUGCGGUUGUCAAUACAGACUGACUCCCCAGUGUGGGUCAUCCUGAGUGAGAUUUUCCUGAAAAAGGCUGACUAAGCAUUGAAGGGUGAAGGGAGCGGAGUUUUCAGGCUGCUAAGCCCCAUCCCGCCCCAGUGUCUCCCCCAUCAUCCUGUGGGGAGCCUGUGCCCUUGCUCCAGAGCCCAGCAGGGUACAAGAUCUGGAGGUGACAGGACCAAAGACAGCCCUGGGGGCAAAGGGGGGGACUAGGGUGGUCUCUAGGGGGCCACCUUUCCUCCAAAGCCUACAGUAAAGUGGAACUGAGGGCCCCAAGGCACACAUGGGGCUGGUGGGAGUGAGGGCUCCUGGAGGAGAAGACAAACCCCAUGGCCCUGAGGCCAUCUUUGGCCUUUACUCCACAUUCCCCACUCUGCCCACCAGCCUGAUGUGGGCAGGCCCCACAGGGGUCUCCAGUCCUAGGGAGCUGGUGCUAUCUCCUUGGGCUGGGCUGGGCUGGGCUGGGCCUGGCUGGGCCAGACAGAUGGGGCCCUGGGGCAGCUGAGGAUACCUGCCCUUCAUCCCUUCUUCACGAUGGGGCCAAGGAGCUGGGGGUCAGGGUGCCUGGGCCCCCCUGGCCGGGCAUGAUGAGGGCCAGGGAUCCCAGGGGACACGCCUUUCCUAAGGUGCUGCCCAGCCCUGGCCCUUGGCUGUGCGCUGGUGGAACUGGGGGCCUCUCUGGGCUUAGGCGGCCGUACACUGGAAUGCAUCAUACUACUCUAAUGUGCUGUGUUUUUUUAUUAUUGGAUACAUUUGAUUUUUUCACGUAUGUCGAUAUAUAAUUAUAUAAAGCGUGAAUUGUAAUAAAAGUUUAAUUCCGUUUCAAA